GUACAGCGGUAGAAGUCCACCAGAAUCCUGGGACACAGGUGAGCUUUCUUAAGGCUCUGCAGGAAGUAAAGGCACUGUUGCGUCUUUUUUGUCAGGAUGGAGGAGUGCAGGGACCAGGUGAGGUCAACGGAGAUAUGGACAUUAAGGAAUCUAAAGCUUGGCACGUGCUCCACUACAGCUCCGUUGAUGUAGAUGGGGGUGUGUGCGUGGCUCCUAGCUCGCCUGAAGUCCACAAUGAUCUCUUUGGGGUUCUGGGUGUUAAGGUCCAGGUUGUCAGCACACCACGCGGCCAGGUGCUGGACCUCAUCCCUGUAGGUCGUCUCGUCAUCCCCUCCGAUCAGGCCUACCAUAGUGGUGUUGUCUGCAAACUUGGUUAUGGUGUUAGAACCAUGUAACGGAGCGCAGUCUUGAGUGAAGAGGGCGUAGAGAGGAGGGCUCCGCACCCAGCCUUGGGGCACGGAGGUGUUCAGGGUGAAAGUGGAGGAGAAGAGGUUGUCUAACAGACGAAAAAGACUGGGGUCUGUUGGUCAGAAAGUCCAAAGUCCAAUUCCAGAGGGAUGUCCAAAUACUCAGCUGGGGGGGGAUCACAGUGUCGGAUGUGGAGUUGGGACUGCCCCGAUGGGUCAGGGCAGUGUGGAGUGCCGUGGAGAUAGCGUCCUCUGUUGACCUGUUGGUGCAGUAGGCAAACUGAUGGGGGUCCAAGGUAGUGGGCAGACAGAAUUUCAGAUGUGAUAGAAGAAGUCUCUCAGAUAUAUUAUUAUGUAUAAAGCUCAAAGUGUGCAUUUUGUGUAAGUGUUGAUUGAAUUCUGGCUCAGGUUCUGGUGUGUGUGUCUGUGUGUGUGUGUGUGUGUUUGUUCCUCACACCCUUCAGUCUCAUCGUGUCAUUCCCCAGAAGUCUUCCAUGGAGAUGUUCAACGGCGCUGAGUGGUUUUGGAACGACUCCAAUCGCAGCAUUGCAGAGAACUCCAGCGCGGAACAGCUAGAGGUCGACAGCGAGCGGAACUACUAUGCCAUGUUCUACUCCCUGCUCAUCCUGGCCAUCGUGUUUGGGAACGUGCUGGUGUGCCUGGCUGUGGUGAGGGAGCGCUCCCUGCAGACCACCACUAAUUACCUGGUGGUGAGCCUGGCUGUGGCUGACCUUCUGGUGGCCACCCUCGUCAUGCCCUGGGGUGUCUACCUGGAGGUCAUGGGUGGUGCCUGGGUCUUUGGCCGACUAUACUGCAACAUCUUUGUCACACUGGAUGUGAUGAUGUGUACUGCCAGCAUCCUCAACCUGUGUGCCAUCAGCAUUGACAGAUACACUGCAGUGGUGAUGCCUGUUCUGUAUAACACCACACACAGCUCUCGUAGACGGGUGUCCAUCAUGAUCGCUUCAGUUUGGGUCCUGGCCUUUGCUGUCUCCUGCCCCCUGCUGUUUGGGUUCAACACCACAGAUGACCCAGAGGUUUGCUCCAUCUCCAACCCAGACUUUGUCAUCUACUCGUCAGUGGUGUCCUUCUACCUGCCCUUCAUGGUCACGCUGCUGGUCUACAUCCGCAUCUACGUUUUCCUCAGGAGGAGGAGGAAGAGAAUCGCUUUCAGACAGGCCAGUGGUAAAGUCCAGCCAGGAACAGCCCCUCUGUCUGCGGAGACUUGUUUGCAGGAGACCAUGAAGGAGAAGAGAGAUCUGUCCCCAAUUAGGAUUAAAGUGGAAACCUCGGACCAGCCUCCCCAGGCCAGGGCCCGCCUCCUCCCGAGCUUCCUGCGGCCUAAGAAGCCGCGCACUGCCCCUGUGGAAAACUCACUACUGCCCCCAGUCGACCUCCAGAACUACUGCAGCAUCAGCCAUGCCUCCUUUGCUCGCACUGAGCAGGUGGGGCCCCACGAAGGGGAGGAGGAGGAAGAAGAGGAGGAGGAAGGGUCCACAGGGGAGAGGACGAGUGGUGGCCUUACUCUGAGGCGGAGCUGUGAGGUGAAGGAGAUAUCAAACGGGCGGACGCACACCACGCUCCGACCGGCGUCGGGUCCCAUGACCCAACUGAGUCAGCUCCGGAACAGGAACAUGCAGGCGCGGGAGAGAAAGGCCACACAGAUGCUGGCUAUCGUGCUGGGGGUCUUCCUCAUCUGCUGGCUGCCCUUCUUUGUGACUCACAUCCUGAACACACACUGCCAGACGUGCCGCAUUCCCCCCGAGCUCUACAGCGCCUUCACAUGGCUCGGCUACGUCAACAGCGCUCUCAACCCCGUCAUCUACACCACUUUCAACAUCGAGUUCCGCCGCGCCUUCAUCAAGAUCCUCACCUGCUGAGCCUCCUGCAAGGCCUCCAGGUCACACUCGUCGCAGAACCCGGGGAGGAACACAGAGAGAACGCAGCAGGAGCGUAGGGACGCAAGGACCCCCUCCUCAGGAAGUGACUGAGUGUAAAGAGUCGCUCGCCAGCACCUGCCUCGCUUCCAUGGCAGGGUGCACUCGGCCACUGUUGACACAAAAUGGAGCCUGUCAGUGUUAUCUCUCCAGGGGAGUAAAGACUAUCAGCUGGAGUCUGGGCGCUUGAAUUGACUUCACUCUGAACACCAACUUAAAGUGCAGGUGUUUCAUUUGUGGUGCAGCGAUCCGUAUCUUGAUGUAGUGACUUGCCGAGAAGAGCUCAAAGAAUGUGAGGGACACAAUGUGAAUGUUUCUCCCAUUUCCUGUACCCAGUACCUUUAGUACCUCAAGACUGGCCAAUCACAGGCAACCCUCGAACCCAACUCGCAACGUGCCAUUAAGUCUACAACCUCUCUCACAAUGCUCAGCCAUAAAAGAAUAAAUCCGCCAUCUUGCCGUCGUGCUCGUUUGGAUUGUUGUGUCCUCACAAAAACUCUGCAGAUGCUUGUCGCGUCACAGCGCCUAUCUUUAGCUGUCCAUUGCUGCCUCAAACACGUGUUUCAACACUUCAGCUGUCUUUGAAGAGUUUUUUUUCAGUUUAUGUUGGCGUGUUUGAGAUUAUCGGUCACAUCACUGUGGAGGCAUUUUUCCAGGCGUUGGAGAAAUUGCAUGGAAUGUCUUCAAGGAAUUUCCAGAUUUGUUGCAGGGACCGUAAGCCAUGGCGUGAUUGACAGACACAUGGUGCUUAAGAAGAUCUGAGAGUCCCCCCCGAUGCCUUUGAUAAUGGCUUCCCUGGCAGGCAUGGCCCUGUGAUCUGUCACCGUAUCGGACUCGGGAGAAUAGUGGGAAAUGGGAAGGACUGUCAUGGAGGAGGAAUAUAUAUAUAAAAAAAAAACGCUUCUGUGUUGUGUAAAUAAAACUUAAUGGAUACAUG